AUGGGGGCACCGCAGACUCAUCCAAGUCUACUACAACAGGAGGCUACCGGAUCGAGACCAUCCGCUGCGACAAGAGCCGAGAACACCGGAUCCGGAUUUCGAGACUACUGCAAGAAUUCAGCUAUCAAGCUCGAAUACGCCGCCACCAACACCCCUCAACAAAUUGGUGUAUCGGAACGGGACGGACAAACCCUGCCCGGAGUCACCCAGUGUCUUCUGAACGAUGGAGAUUUUCCGCCGUCCAUGUGGGGGGAGUUAGUGCUGACUGUAGCAUACCUGUUGAACAGGUCCCCACACUCAGCACUGGGGGGAGCUACGCCAUACUCGAAGUUGCACAAUAUGUCACCUGAUCUCUCGGGACUUCGGGUCAUUGGAGCGCGCGCCUUCGUACGCCACGAGCGAUACCGAAAGAAGCUGGACGACAGAGCUUUCGAAGGCAAGUUGGUUUUGGCCUCGACAGACAGACCUCCGGGUAUUCAAUCCAUCCAACGGGGCCGUGGUCGACAGCCGGAAUGUGACUUUCAUCGNCCCGGAGUCACCCAGUGUCUUCUGAACGAUGGAGAUUUUCCGCCGUCCAUGUGGGGGGAGUUAGUGCUGACUGUAGCAUACCUGUUGAACAGGUCCCCACACUCAGCACUGGGGGGAGCUACGCCAUACUCGAAGUUGCACAAUAUGUCACCUGAUCUCUCGGGACUUCGGGUCAUUGGAGCGCGCGCCUUCGUACACCACGAGCGAUACCGAAAGAAGCUGGACGACAGAGCUUUCGAAGGCAAGUUGGUUUUGGCCUCGACAGACAGACCUCCGGGUAUUCAAUCCAUCCAACGGGGCCGUGGUCGACAGCCGGAAUGUGACUUUCAUCGAAUAUCCACCCCGCCGAUCAAGCCCAGCUCCCACGCCCUGGCGAUACUGAGGAUUUCGCCCACGUGGCGGGAAGACCCCUUCACAGUGCCGCGUGCUCACGCCCACGUCACGACCACUCACGACCACCACGGGAUCUUGGAGGAGACGAAUCAAGCGAUCGAAAUCCGCAACACCUACGAUGAAGCCAUGAGCCCUCCCCAACGCGAAGAGUGGACAGGAGCGUGCCGCAAGGAAAUGGACAAUCUGCGGAAACACAACGUCUGCAAUCUGGUGCCCCUCAGUAGCGUUUCCAAAGGAGAGAAGAUCCUCUCAACGAAAUUCGUCUUCAAGAAAAAGCUGGACGGACGCUUCAAAGCUCGCCUGGUACUCGGAGGACAUCGNCGCCCUGGCGAUACUGAGGAUUUCGCCCACGUGGCGGGAAGACCCCUUCACAGAGCGUGCCGCAAGGAAAUGGACAAUCUGCGGAAACACAACGUCUGCAAUCUGGUGCCCCUCAGUAGCGUUUCCAAAGGAGAGAAGAUCCUCUCAACGAAAUUCGUCUUCAAGAAAAAGCUGGACGGACGCUUCAAAGCUCGCCUGGUACUCGGAGGACAUCGUCAAGAGCGAGGACAGGAUCACGGAUGCAGCUACGCCCCAGUAUGCCGUAUCGGGAGCAUUCGCAUGACGUGCGCCAUUGACUGCCACAACAACUGGCCCAUCUACCAACUGGACGUUGUCGGUGCCUUCCUUAAUGCCUCCUGCAACAGAGACGUGUACGUCAGACCCGCCCCCGGUACAUCCGCCAAGAUCUCCUCGACAGGAGAACUCAUGGUGUACAAACUAGAACGGAGCCUCUACGACGACAUUCUCAUCACGGAAGGAGACCAGCAGCUCGUGGACCAGAAGAAGAAGGAGCUCACGGAUCGAUUCGAGAUGACCGACAUGGGAGAGGUAAAGCGGAUCCUCGGGAUCGACGUAGAGCGAGACUGCGAGCACGGAACCCUGCCUGGUCAUUUCACAGGAACACUACGCGAGCACACUUCUGGAACGGUUCGGAAUGCAAGAAGCCAACCCAGUGAGCACUCCUGGAUACGGAGCGGAAAUUUCCACGAAUCAACCUCAGGACCAAAUCCUAGGACCCACGGACAAGAAAAUCUACUAGUCGAUGACGGGAAGCAUCCUCUAUCUGGCCCAGUGCACGCGAUUCGACCUCUCUUACGCGACCCUACAACUGUCCAAGGCCUGCAGCAACCCAGCGCAAGUGAACAUGACAGCAACCAAGCACGUUCUGCGAUACCUUCGGGGUAUUCCAGUUCUUCUUAUCGCCUACGGGAGAGGACAGUUUCGGCUAGCGGCGUUUACGGAUUCAUCCUUCGGAGCANAGUCGAUGACGGGAAGCAUCCUCUAUCUGGCCCAGUGCACGCGAUUCGACCUCUCUUACGCGACCCUACAACUGUCCAAGGCCUGCAGCAACCCAGCGCAAGUGAACAUGACAGCAACCAAGCACGUUCUGCGAUACCUUCGGGGUAUUCCAGUUCUUCUUAUCGCCUACGGGAGAGGACAGUUUCGGCUAGCGGCGUUUACGGAUUCAUCCUUCGGAGCAAACCCAACAACGGAAGAUCUACCACGGGAUAUCUCUUCUUCCUGGCUGGAGGACUCAUCAGCCACGGUGCGAAGACUCAAACUCUAACCGCGCAAAGCACGGUCGAAGCUGACAUUCAAGCACAUAGCUACUCAGCCAAAGAGGCGGUCUAUAUCUCAAGUUUUAUGACGGAAUUCAACUUCAAGACCUUCGGAUCGGUUCCCAUCAACAGCGACAGCACUGGAGCGCUGACAGUGGCCGGGAAUGCCAUGCACUCUCAACGCACGACGCACGUGACCCUGAGGUACUUUUUUAUCCGGGAGCUAGUACUGCGGGGACAAAUCACUCUCCAACACCGGCCCGGCGAGCACCAGUUGGCUGAUAUCGCGACCAAGCACCUACCAAAGCACCGAUUCGCCUCCAUCAUUCAGCAGAUGAAGGACUUCUCGUGUUGA